AAGCCAAGGUAGCCAUAACUGAUAAUGGCACCGGGAGUUUUUCUGGCCUCGCGUCUCCCGUGUGACGUAGUUUUCCCUUCGCCCAAUCCCUCCGUUGCCCGGGCAACAGUUGAGCGGUCUGGGAAGAGAAUUACCUUUCCUUCUGUAGGCUUGAAUCAAAAAUUGUCAGUCAUUUUGGUAAUACCGGGUUGGAUGCUUAAAGCUGCCUAAAGCUGCAGAGGAAAAAGACCAGGAGAACUUUCAGAAGGAAAAACUGGAUUUAACAAUUCAGAUAUGGCAGAAGUAAAGCCCAUGUUCCGGGAAGUUCUUCCAAAACAAGGUCAGUUGUCCGUGGAAGAUAUAACCACAAUGGUGCUGUGUAAGCCCAAACUUUUACCCUUAAAAUCCCUGACUCUGGAAAAACUGGAGAAAAUGCAACAAGCAGCACAGGAAACGAUUCGCCAACAAGAAAUGGCAGAGAAGAACAGCAGCAAAUAAGCUUUAAGGAACAAAGUUUAAACUCACUAGGUUCAAAUACACACCUUAUGUGAUUUAAAAUUUAUGUGAAAUAAAUUUUUUAAAGCCCAAAAUAAAUGUACUCCCAAUAAAGAAUCAACACUGCUUCACAUGUUUUAUUUUGUCACACAUUCUUCUAGAACCAGGUUCAAUUUUCCAGUUUUGUAGAAAAAUAAGAUGUUCCAGCCACCAUUUACUUAACUGUCUAGUCUUUUAAGACCAAUCAUUAUGUUCCCUGGAAAGAUGCUUAAGUCUCAUGACUAACUCAUUUUCUUAAAAUUCUUUAAGACAAAUAACUUUUUUUUUAAUCCCAAAGCACAGUAUUUCAACAGCAGCAGCCAACAUGGGGUUUUAGCAGCUUAACUUUACCCCCUAAAUAAAGCUUUGUAUAAACCAGUGAUUUUACUACAAAAACACUGUCCUUGAAAGAAAGGAGUAGCAGUCUGACAUCAAUGCAAAACUUGGAAUGAUUAGGUCAUAAACAUGGCACUUAAAAAAGGUAGCUUAUGAGAAUAUUCCACUUAACAAGUGGUUACUUUUCUGUCCCUCCUUUAUACCGUCAAAAAAA